UCCUAACAGUUUCAAAAGAGGAAAAUGAAUGAUUAUUUAAACUAUGAAGACUCCAACUACACUGAUGAUCCAGGCAUGUAUAAUGGUAUAGAGGAGCCAUGUUCGACCGAGCGCAGUGUCAACAUUGAGAACUUCCUCCAGUUGUUUAUUCACCCCAUCAUUUGUUUUGCUGGUUUCAUCGGCAACACCCUCGUGAUCGUGACGUAUGCCCUCUACAAGCGGACCAAGUCCAUGACUGACGUGUACCUGCUGAACGUGGCCAUCGCUGACAUCCUGUUUGUGGUGGCCCUGCCUUUGAUUAUCUACAGCGAGCAGUACGGGUGGACUAUGGGGAACUUGUCCUGCAAGCUGCUGCGUGGCAUCUACAGUGUGAACCUGUACAGCGGCAUACUUCUCCUGGCUUGCAUCAGUGGAGACCGCUACCUUGCCAUCGUGCAAGCCCGCCGCUCUUACCGGCUGCGUUCAAGCACUCUGCUUUACAGCCACCUGGUCUGUGCAGCCGUCUGGAUUCUGGCCUUGCUCCUCUCCCUUCCAACCUUUGUGUUUUAUGAGCGUUACCAACCUGGCCCAAGUGAAACCAGCAUUGCAAACAGUACAGACAGCGACGACAUGCAGUAUGUGUGCUUCUUCUUGUUUCAGUCGAACGAGACGGCACGUGCGAUGAAAACCGUGGUGCCCAGCUCUCAGGUGGCGAUGGGUUUCUUCUUGCCGCUGCUGAUCAUGGGAUUCUGUUACUCCAGCGUCAUCGCCACUCUCCUUCGGGCCAAGAACUUUCAGAGACACAAGGCAGUGCGUGUGGUCCUCACCGUGGUCUUUGUGUUUGUGGUCUGCCAUAUGCCUUACAAUAUAGCACUGUUGUAUUACACCAUCAACAUAUUUCAACAGCAGGAAUGCAGCCAUGAGGAGGCCGUCUCAUUGACCAUGUCCAUCACGAGAAGCCUGGCGUACCUGCACUCUUGUCUCAACCCCCUGCUGUACGCCUUCAUUGGAGUGAAUUUCAGAAACCACUUCCGUAAGAUCCUACGGGACAUCUGGUGCUUGGGGAAGAACUACAUGUCAGCGAGACGGUCCUCACGCGUCACCACUGAAAUGUACCUUUCCACACGGCGCUCUAUGGACGGCUCGACCAAUGACAAUGGCACUUCGUUUACCAUGUGAUUGGGUGCUGAUUAAGGGCGACAUUCCCAGCAUUGUAACUGACAGACUGAUUAGCAUCAGUCAAAAAUGAUCGUCAUGUUGUUCCAAACCUGUAUGACUUUGUCUUUUGUGUUCAUGUUUUGACUGGAACAACAUGAUGGUGAGUAAAUGAUGACAGCAUUGUAUGUAUUUUUCCUUUUGAUAUUUUUGAUUUUGAGAAAUUCUACCAAUUACAAGCAAAAGAGGGAAAAGUGACAACCACAUACAAACCAUUUCCAGAUGAGAUCAAUGUGGUCAUUCCUUCUUUGCAAUGUGUAAAAAUUGCAAAGUGUAAAGUCCUGUAUAUGAAUUAUUUUUUCAAUUGAAGUGCACUAUAUCUAGUACUAAUGCAGAAUAUUUUUAUUUUUCUAUUUGUACUGUACUAUUUAGCCUACCUGUUG